CCUCAAUACCUCAAACCCAAUCUUGCCAUUUGUGGCGCCCAAUUACUAUGACCAAUGACCAAACUCAAAGAGGCAAAAGAUGAAAGGAUUACUCGAUUCGGUAACUCGCUCAUGGGAUCCUUUAGGACAGCAUUUUGACGUAGUAUUUAUUAUUAAUCCCAGAUCGGACCGCAAUCGAAUCGAUUUUGACGGUCUAUAAAGCUUGGGGGUGCACGAACAUCGUCAAAUGACUAGCCGAAAUCCUUCCAAGUUCCAGGACUCAAGAGCCCCAUCGAGAUUCUGUAACGAAUAUUUCUAGAACUCUACCUCUUUGAGCAUGACGUCAAGCUGAAAUGGAAAUGACACCAAGGUAUAAGUAACAUCAAAUAUGCCUUUGGUACUCAUAGGUCCUUUUUUUUUAACCUCCACUCAAAGUCCUACUAUAGGUGAGGCUUUUGUCGUUGUGGCAUUGUCUACUCGGAGAUUUAUCCCGGUUGAUUCAAAACUCAGCCACUACCAACCACCGAAUAACUUCACAACUACCUAUUUAAGCCAGCCUUGUAUUAGAGCAUGUCGCUCGGAUGCCCACAAGGCACAAAUCAUAGCACAGCUCCACUACUCAUGGCUAUAACAAGGCAUAAUAACAUAAGAGGUAAUCAGUGACUUAGAGGAUCUUACCUUAGUUACUCGCUCAGCCUCGCUACCUCGACUCAAAAUGGAAUACCAGACCCUUAUUCCUUAAGGCGCAUAUUCCUAAAUCUCGAGUUGCUUAUGGGUCUUCGAUAGGUAUUUAGAAGUAAUCAAGGGCAUCUGCAUGCUUUCAAGUUCUCAGCUUUCCUUGGGUUACCUAGGUACCUACCUAGGUAGGCAAUCAGCGCGGGUGAACACUCAGGAUUAAAGGCAUGGCGGACCGGGCAAGUUCGACGUUUUCAGCCCUAGACAUCGUUUAUAAAUUUAGAGUUCAUGCUUUGCAAGAGUAUUAGAUAUUUCAAUAACUAUUUGGGAACAGGGCCCCUUGUUGUAGAGUACCUAGGUCUACGUAGGUAGCGAGUUUUCAUUUGUUUGGAAUCUAGCAAAGCGUUUCUCCGCCUAUACGAUCCCACCUUCAUGUCCAAGUGUUACCAUUUUCUGUAUUUUCUCGGCUGUAGCUCAGACAUUGCCUAGUC